UGGAACGUGUGGCUUUCAAUUCUCAUGUUUAAACUGUGGCUCUUUAUAAAACUUGGGAUUAUGUGUACAAAGUCAUCAGCAUAUUGAUGUGUGUCUAUCUUACUCCGCUCCAAAUGAAUAGUCGAAUAUCAGAAUAUCUCGUGUGACAAACAGUAUCAAAUUCCGGUGGCAAAUGAGGGAUGGAAUAGUACAGUGUUCGUUCUUUGCAGCGGAAUAUGGCAUGUUUCGGGGAUUGUUGAUUUGUCGUAAUGGUUUCUUCAGGUUAUUAUAUUGCUGAAUACUGAAGUUGUAAUGUACCUUUGUGAAAAUGCAUCAUAAAUACAUAUGAAAUAGGAUACUAUACCAUUAAUUCCGGUUUAGAUACAAAUUCGUUUAUAUCUAGAGGGCUGACAUGUGCGUGAUAGAAACCCGGAUUGUCAUCUAUAAAGCAGCUUAAUGGUGACACCAACGAACAAUAAUAACGUUUCCUGGAAUAUUCCUCUUUCUGUGUAAUUCGGAUAUGUGUUGAUUUCCACGCUUUGUUCUUGAACCAGUUAUUUUCUCUACAAUUAUUGUUCUUUGAUUUGAUAAAAUAUUUGGCAUUCAUUUUGAAAACCAGAUUACUCUUGAAAUCGUAAUAUCGCUGAGUGUGUUGUUUUUAGGAAAUUGACGGCAGCUUGCCAUAAAAAAGCCAUGACUUACCGUUCAAGUUACAACAUUCAGGGCAGAUUUCGAUUUUACGCCGAUGAAGAUCAUUUGAGCCGACAAUGGAGGCUUCAUGCACUUGCAAACAUCCGACAGCCGACAUUUCUGGAAGGUUUCUUAUUGAAAGCACUUCAUAGUGAUCAUCCAUUCCAAUAUGUGGACUACGCGGUCUACUGCACGAGCUUGGCGGCAGGGCAUCAACACAUUCCACUCAACAACCACCAUAGCAACAACAGCACCAACAGCAGCACAACCUCUAGCCCCGGCGCCCCCACACAUAGCCUUUUUCGGAACUGCAGGAAAUUGCCUGUCCCGCGAAACGGACCCGGAAGGAUCAUCGCAUCAGGUGUCUACGACGAAUUAGAGUACAUCUUGCGAAACGAGGUGAAACCGUUACCAAGGACACCGAUAAGCAAGGACAGUGUGUACUUCCUGUCUGUGUUCCAAACGGACGGACAUAUCGGCAGGCUCGAGGAAACGUGGAAAGUGUGGAGUGGAGCGGACUUCAUUCUCUGGAAAUGUCCAGAAAAGUUAAAGUUAAGACGAGUAACGUUUUUUAAGGCUACGAGUGACCUUGACCCAUUCACCUUUGCAAUUUUGUGUGAGUGCGAGGAUGGGUUGAGCAUAUCGGAUGUCGCGCGGGAGUUCGUGGAGCGAUUGAGGGACCGGCGUUGUGGGCUUGUUGGCUUGUAUCAAGUUGAGAGGUACUAUAUAGCAUCGAAAACACCAAGGACCUGACAUCAGUUUCAAAGUUCUUGUUGUGAAUUGGUUUGUGGUAAAAAUGCUUAAAACGGAAAAGCAUCGAAAACGCCCGAGACCUGACACUGCUCACUGGCUGAGGGAGGGACAUAUCAAUACGGGCCAGAUAAUAAUUUGUGACUGAUUCGUUGCCAUAUGAUUUUUUGUGAGUAUUAAGUAGCAGUAAGAAAGUAUGUUUAAGUAUUUUCAUAAAUUUGGCAGAUAUGCGCUAACCAGCUGAAAGCUUGAACAAUGGAAGAAACUCAGAAAAGCUGACACUGAUUUUGCAGAUUUAUAUGGUAAAGCAAAUGAUAAGGGGCCUUGGGGACUAAAUCACCUCAAAACCUAAAAGAGGAAAAAGCGCGGCUCGCUGGACUGGCGCCGUCGCCUCAAAUGUAUUGUGCCAAGUGGGACAUUUUUGAAAGCUUGCACUGUGGGACGAUAGAAAAGAAAAAUGUCAAAAGUUUAAGCCCAAAUCAAACUGUUGGUUGUGGAAUAUUAUGUUAGAUUUACUGUCUAUAAUUUCGAAUAUGUUUCGUGUUGUCCUUGUAUACGAACUAGCAAUACGAUUGUUUUACGGGACCAAGUCUAGUAUUAUGAUGAGACGUCGGACAAGGUUUGCUCAUUGUGUAUUCGUAAUAACGAACCAAUUUUGAUAUCUUUAUUUUCCCUUCCAUACAUAUAUGCCCAUGCCCGAUGGUCAUUUUUACGCCCAAUACCUUCAUUUUACUCAUGUUUUAUUUGAUUUUAAAAGUAUUUACAUUAAUUAAUCUUCCUUGAAUUCGAUGCAAGCUUCAUCUGAUUGCAAUAUGUUUAUCACUGUUUUAUACAGAUGCAUACAUUGUUAAAGUUAUGAUAUUAUGUUUGUAAUUUAUCCAUGUUUUCUUAAAUUGUCUAUAAUUGUUAAAUCCGUAUAUAAAGUACGAUUUUAAGCAAUAUG